AUAUGUCAUCCACUUUGCAACAAUGCAUAUUCUCCACCAAUCGAUCCUCCUCAGUGCGAUACUAAUUUCUUUUGUUACAGGAGUAACAUCGCAGACCAACGAUGAUUUUACGAAAGAAGAGACAAUUUCGAUGGAAAUCCCCCCGGAUGAUGAUGAUGUGACUUCAGUUACAUCAGCGUCGAUCGAAAGUUCCGAAACUUCAUCUGAGACAUCAAGCCAACGAAAACGAAGAAUAGUCGGAGGAGUUGAUGACGAAAGAAGAGAAAUAAGAGCAGUAUGUCCACUCGAAUCUAUAACUCCGCCGAACGAUCUUCCCAACUUGUCAAGUCCUCUUGAAUGUGCACGUACUUGCAACGAUCGUGAAAAACCCAAGAUCUGUUAUUAUCGUUUCGUAGCAGAGAUAUAUUCUUCACUUUCUGCUGCUUGUGAAUAUUGCAACCCGAAUGCAACAAAUGCAUUCUGCAACAAUUGCCAGUGCGUACCUCUUGACGGUGUGGAACGUCCUAUUUUGACCAUAAAUCGUAUGAUUCCUGGACCUUCUAUUGAUGUUUGCCAAGGUGAUACGAUUGUGGUUGACGUUGUCAAUAAUAUAGAGGGUGAAGAACUUGCAAUUCAUUGGCAUGGAAUACUUCAAAGAGGCUCCCAAUAUUAUGACGGUGCACCCUUUGUGACUCAGUGUCCUAUCAGCGAACAAAGUACAUUCAGAUAUCAAUUUACUACAGACAAUGCUGGAACGCAUUUUUGGCAUGCUCACACCGGUUUGCAAAAGAUGGAUGGUAUCUUUGGAAGUUUGAUUAUACGUCAAUCGCAGAAACGUGACGUAAAUAGUUAUUUGUACGAUUUCGAUCUGUCUCGUCAUAAAAUCCUUGUUAACGAUUGGAUGCACGAAUUAGCUAUUUCGCGAUUGCCUGGUCGAUUUCACUCUACGAAAUUCCAAGAUCCAGAUUCUAUUUUGAUUAACGGCAAAGGACGAUAUCAGGAUCCAGAAAGCGCUUUUAUAACCGAUACGGAUUUGGAGGUAUUUCGCGUGAGGCGCAAUUAUGCGUAUCGAUUUCGCAUGGUGAAUGCUUUUUGCACGGUUUGCUCAUCAAUUUUGACUGUGGAGAAUCAUAAUCUCACUAUUAUAGCAGUAGACGGUUAUCCGGUCAAACCCACUGUUGUAACUUCUAUAAUCAGCGUUUCAGGGGAGCGUUACGAUUUUGUCAUAAACGCGAACAAUCGAGUCGAUUCUUAUUGGAUCCAACUUCGUGCACUAGAACCAUGCAAUGUUAGAGGUAUUCAACAAUUGGCUGUAUUACAAUAUGAUGGUGCUCCAGAUACACCAACAUCAGUUAAGCCCAUCUUCAUUCUUCCACUUUCAGAAGGAAUUGUAUUAAAUCCACUUGAUAGCCAAUGUGAUAGUCCAAGAUCUGAUGCGAUCUGCGUCAACCAUUUACAGAGCGCAAUUCCAGUUGAUAAAGACAUUUUUACAAAGAAACCGGAUGCUCAGAUUUACUUAUCAUUCUCAUUUCACCGAUACAAUCUGCAGGAUCUGUUUUCACCUAAUCAGUUCAAUAGAUUUUUAGUUGCACCUAGCCACCGUCACACCUCUGCUGUUAUGAAUGAUAUUUUAUUUAGUUUUCCACCCUCACCACUACUUUCACAAAUGGAGAAUAUUCCGUCUAACACAAUAUGUAACAGCACACACAAACCGGAUAAUUGUGAUAAUGAAGAUAUAUGUCCAUGUACGCAUAUAAUAGAACUCCCAUACAAGGGCAUCGUCGAGCUCAUCAUGGUUGAUGAAACUAACGUCCCUGACAAGUUAUAUCAUCCAUUCCAUUUGCACGGUUAUAAUUUCAACAUAAUGUAUGUAGGUGUAUCAGAUAAUAGGACUGUUAAUAGUGCAAAUGAAGUACAAAAAUUGGAUGAAAUAGGAUCUCUGCGUAGAAGAAAAGCUUUGCCACCAUUUAAAGAUACUAUAGCUGUACCAAAUAAUGGCUAUGUUGUCGUACGCUUCCGUGCAGAUAAUCCCGGUUAUUGGCUUCUUCAUUGUCAUUUUAUCUACCACUUGGCAACGGGCAUGGCUAACGUAUUCCACGUCGGAACACCAUCUGAUCUUCCACCUGUGCCGCACGAUUUUCCAAAGUGUGGAAAUUAUUUACCGUAUCCGUAUUAAAUAAAUAUAAAUAAUGCAACAUUUGUUCUUGUAUCUGGACGAAUCAUGCAAUACAUAUAACAUUGACAUAUUAACAUACAAUAUCAGGAUUAAUAAUAAUUUUUCUCAGUAAAAGCUUUUGUUCGGUACAUGUCCAAGCUGACAUGAUCAAAUUACAAAUUAUAUUAUUAUAAAUUGUAUAUAUUGCAAACUUAUUAAUUGUAAAAGAUCUUAAUAAAUUUCUAAUAAAUAUCAUAACUAAUGCAAUUUUAUGGUAA